UUUACGUGCACACAAGCAAAGAUAAAAGGCCCACAAUCAUAACAACCAAAAAGCCCCCUUCUCCUUCCAACCCCUCCAUUUUCAACAACAAUUCCUCUAAGCAUCGUUCAGACAAGGGUACACCACAACAGCUUUUGUUAGUCCUCACCAAGCGAUGAGAGUUCCCGUUCCCUCAUCCCCACAGGCCAACCCAAAACCCACCAAUAACGUUGUCCGUACCAUUGCCCUUCCCAACCUCAACAAUAGCACCACGCCCCCCACGGGCCUGUGCUACGAGCCCACUUCUGUCCUUGACCUGUGCCGGAGCCCGAGCCCGGGCACCGAAAAGCCCACCACCGAUCACUCCGUUCUCGUCACCAACUCCCAAGACUAUCUCGACCUGGAAGACCAUGCGUUGCACAACUUGGACUGGGACUCCAUCAUGAAGGACUUGGGCUUACACGACGACUCCGCCACCCCCGUUUUGAAAACUUUUCUCCACCCCGACGACGACGACGACGACGACAACAACAACAACCCAUCAUGCGACGACUUCACACUCUUCGACCACGCGCUUGAAUUCACCACUCUCUCCGACAUCUACUCCAACCAAAACUUCGCUUUCGAUUUCAACCACUUGCCUCACGACUUCAACCACCUCAACGGCUUCGAUUUCAUCGAAGAGCUCAUCCGCGCCGCCGACUGCUUCGACACCAAGCAGUUACACGUGGCGCAAGUGAUAUUGGAGCGGCUCAAUCAACGACUACGAUCGCCCGUCGGAAAACCACUCCAUCGCGCAGCGUUUUACCUCAAAGAAGCUCUCCAGAGUCUUCUCUCCGGUUCGAACCGGACUCCGAGGAUUUCAUCCCUGGUGGAAAUCGUGCACAGUAUCAGAACCUUCAAGGCCUUUUCGGGAAUUUCGCCGAUCCCAAUGUUCUCGAUCUUCACCACCAAUCAAAUAGUUCUGGAUCACGCGGCGAGCUCCUUCAUGCACGUCAUCGACUUCGACAUCGGUCUUGGGAUCCAAUACGCUUCCCUAAUGAAGGAGAUUGCGGAGAAGGCGGCGGAUUCGCCGGUGCUCCGAAUCACCGCCGUCGUUCCGGAAGAAUACGCCGUCGAGAGCACGCUCGUCCGCGACAACCUCGCGCAGUUCGCCCUAGAUCUCAGGAUCCGCGUGCAGGUCGAGUUCGUGCCGCUUCGAACCUUCGAGAAUCUCUCCUUCAAGGCCGUGAAGUUCGUCAACGGCGAGAACACCGCCGUGCUCCUGUCGCCGGCGAUUUUUCGCCACCUCGGCAACGCCGCCGCGUUCCUGGGGGACGUGCGGAGGAUCUCGCCGAGCGUGGUGGUUUUUGUGGACGGCGAGGGGUGGGCGGAGACUGCCACGGCGUCGGCGGCGUCGUUCCGGCGCGGCGUUGUGAGCAGUUUGGAGUACUACUCGAUGAUGCUGGAGUCGCUGGACGCGUCGACGGUGGGAGGGGGAGGGGAGUGGGUGAGGAGAAUCGAGAUGAUGCAGCUGCGGCCGAAGAUUUUGGCGGCGGUGGAGAGUGCGUGGCGGCGGGUUCCGCCGUGGAGGGAGGCGUUUUACGGCGCCGGAAUGAGGCCGGUGCAGUUAAGCCAGUUUGCGGAUUUUCAAGCAGAGUGCCUGUUAGCGAAGUCUCAAAUCAGAGGCUUUCACGUGGCAAAACGCCAGAACGAACUGGUGCUUUUCUGGCAUGAUAGGGCCAUUGUUGCCACGUCAGCAUGGCGCUGUUAGAACAUGGAGUGUUAUUAUUGGCAGAGGGGAUUAUGUAAUAAUGUAGUAAUUAUAAUAAACUGCAACGAAAGUAAAUUUAGGUUCCAAUUUCGAAGUCCACUACACUCGUUCAAACUAUUGCUAUGAUGGAAAAAAUCUAGGUAUCUUUGGCAAAAGGAAAAGGUGGGGAGGGGGUGGUAGAUAAGAUAAACUUGUAUUUUUCUGUACCAUUUUGUUGUCCUUCUUUGUUGGAUGGACUCUUUGUUAUCCUGAUGAACUUUACUACUGGUUUUCUAAUCAAAGGGUUUGGCAGAUUAAAUGGUUCUUUGACUUA